CAAACGAUGCCUAGACUAACUGAGCAGAGGGAUAUGGCCAUUGGAAAGUUACACGGAGAUUACAAGGCAAUUACUGGAAAUACCUGAACGGUAUACAGGGAAAGAGAGACUCGUCGUAUCACCUACAGGUGAAGAUACACAGUGGACGGCGGAAUGACACGGGAAAGCCGAACAGCAGUCCAAUGACCUUAUUCAAGCCAGUUUACAGUAUACCCCUGAACGCUGUCAGUGUCAUCAAACUGUCCACCAUGGACGACGACGAUGACGUUGUACACUGCCAAGAUGCCGUUUUCAUCGAAACAGGGGGACUCGAGCAGAUGAAGGGGGUUCACAUUCAGAAGAACUGCAGUAUCGUCAUCGAUGCCACAGAAAGCAACAAGUUCACGGACAACGGCGAGGUGGCGGUGUUGGUGAAGGUCAUGGACUACAACGUCCGACCCAUCAAAAUCGAGCAUGAUCAUAUGCCCUUUCGUCACCCUCUACAAGUUUCACUCGGCAACGCUCCUGUGCAGUUCCUGGUACGAACAAUGUUAGAGCUGUUGGAUCCAGGCUUCGUCGACCCUACUCCUGAAGAUGGCCUAACGAUGGUUGGGUAUGCAGGGGCCCGGCUGGAGGUCAUGCUGGCAGCGCGUCCUCACAACAACUCAGCUGCACAGAUAGAAACAAUAUCGGUGAUUGCUGUGCCAAGUAUUUCAUUCACCCUUUCCACCCUCAUACAAGACCCCCUCAGAGCGAGCGAGGGGGUCAUGACGCGACUUCUGACUGUGGACACAACUUCAGAAGACAUCGGCACAUACAUGUUCCAGGCUACAGUGUUCGACACUGGCGGGGUGGAUGGCAAAGAAAGAAAUUAUGUGAUCGUAGUGAAAGAGAAUAAUCUGACUGUGACGGACAACAUCAGUUCUACAGAGGCACACGCAGUAUUUCCAGAUCAAACUGUGUUAACGUGUCCACAGGAUACUACCUGUACUAUACCAGUCAUGUUCACACAUGGCACUACGGGGGUCACUGUUUUCAACUCUACAACCCCGGGGGUUGGAGUCGGAUCACUGAGACCGGUCAAUGCCUCAUUACAACCCACGGUCCAAUCUGAAGUGAAAGUUGAAGCGUCAACACCGGGAAAUCAAACCAUCUGCCUCCAAGUAUCAGCCCAUGCAAGGUAG